AAACAUGAAAAGCGCCUUCUCCGCCACCAAAAUACAAUACCCAAUUAUAUUCCGGCGGCUGACCAAAUUCAAUUAUCGCCUCCCACCCACCUAGAGAAAAUAAAAUAUCCGAAAAAUAAAAAAUCCCCAAAACCAUUUAAUUAAGAAAACCCUAAAUCGUCUCCACCCUUCCAAUUCAUCGCCAUUCACACACGCAAUGCCAUUAGCCUGAUCGUUACAGCCGGAAAUCAAUUGUAAUUUCUGCUCCACGAUGGCCGAAACGCCGGAUAGGACGCCGAACCAGACAUCGCCGACGCGUUCCAGCUCGGUCACGGAGACGGUGAACGGGUCGCACCGGUUUGUGAUACAGGGCUACUCUCUGGCGAAAGGCAUGGGCGUAGGGAAACACAUAGCGAGCGAAGAAUUCACGGUGGGAGGGUACAAAUGGGCGAUUUAUUUCUAUCCCGACGGGAAGAACCCCGAGGAUAAUUCCACCUACGUGUCGGUGUUCAUUGCGCUGGCCAGCGAGGGUACUGAUGUACGGGCGCUCUUCGAGCUCACGCUAAUGGAUCAGAGCGGGAAAGGGAAGCAUAAGGUGCAUAGCCAUUUCGAUAGGUCGCUCGAGAGCGGCCCCUAUACGCUUAAAUACCGCGGUAGCAUGUGGGGAUACAAGCGUUUUUUCAGGAGAGCUAUGCUUGAAACGUCAGAUUAUUAUCGAGAUGAUUGCUUGAAAAUCAACUGUACUGUUGGAGUUGUUGUUUCUGCUAUUGAUUGUUCUAGGUUACACUCUAUUCAGGUUCCAGAUUCUGACAUUGGGUCAGACAUAGGCAUGCUUUUAGAAAACAUGGAAGGUUCUGAUAUCACAUUCAAUGUAUCUGGGGAGAAAUUUCAUGCCCACAAGUUGGUAUUAGCUGCCCGUUCCCCCAAAUUUCGGUCUGAACUCCUUGAAGGAGUAGAUACUGAAGUGGAAGAGGUUAUGGUACCACACAUGGAACCUAAAGUUUUUAAGGCUCUGCUGCACUUUAUCUACAGAGAUGCAUUGGAUGAAAAUGAGCUGAUAGCAUCUAGCUCUUGCUCUACUUCAGUGGUAGCUGACACCUUAACCGGAAAAUUGCUGGCUGUAGCUGAUCAUUAUGACUUAGAAAGACUCAAAAGGAUAUGUGAAUCUCAUCUUUGCAAGGAUAUAUCUGUAAAUUCAGUUGCACAAGUACUUUCUUUGGCAGAUCGUUACAAUGCUGCAGAAUUGAAAGAUGUUUGCCUAAAAUUUGCCGCUGAGAACCUGGCAGCUGUCAUGCGUUCGGAUGGUUUUGAACAUCUUAAAGAAAAUUGCCCAUCUCUACAGUCUGAGCUUUUGAAGACGGUAGCUGGUUGUGAUGAAGACUGCAGCAAUGGUGGUGGCAAGUCUGGGAGUGUGUGGGCUCAGCUCUCCGACGGUGGUGACAACAGUGGCCGGAGGGUUAGGCAACGAACUUAAUUUUGGAAGUAGGAAAUGUGUAGAUACGGGGUGAGCAAUAUUUCUGUAACUGUAAUUAGCAAGAAAUGUGUGUCGUAUUUCAUUCAGAAAAUUAUAGUAACAGAGCAGCUGCUACAUUUGCUGUAUGUCUCGUGAAGUUUGUCUAGAAUAAUGUACUGUAGCUGAUUGUGCUUUUA